AUGCCUCCUAACGAGCAAUCCGAGAACCUCCGCAAUCUCCUUAUCUCUGCCGGUACUUGGCGGCUCCACCAGAGGGGGAGAUAUGUCUGUUGCCAAGAUCAGAACUGUUCCCAUUCCAUACACCACGCGACCUCCGGGGAAGGUAGGCCAGUGCGUGCAGUAUAUGUUGAGCAUGGAGCCCUUCUCAUCCACCCUGUCGGCAGCACCCGGCGUUCAUUCCAACAAUCCGAGUCGCUUUUACGCCUAACCGACGCAAUGGGUGUUCCAGACGACCACAAGGAGCCUAUGGGCAUUUCAUCCGCCCAGUCUGCAUCCGACACCAAUGUCGAAGCCGGCGAUGUGAAGCCCGCCGCCGGCGGCCUCGAACGACGAGCAAAGUUCGAAACGCAACGAGGCCUCUCACCACGACAUGUGCAGCUCAUGGCGAUUGGUGGAAGCAUUGGCACGGGUCUCUUCGUCGGAAUUGGCAGCGUCCUGUCGCAAGCAGGCCCACUCUCGCUUGUCCUAGGCUACCUGUUUUGGGGCAUUUUGUUCGUGUGGCCUUGCUACCUGUGUGUGGCUGAGAUGUGUACCUUCCUACCUAUCCGAGGGACUAUAUUCGAAUUGGCAUGCCGCUUUGUUGACCCCGCGUUGGGCUUUGCGAUGGGUUGGACAUACUUCUUUGCUGGUACUAUGCUGGUCUGUGUGGAAUAUUCAGCUGUGGCCACGGUGAUCCAAUUCUGGAACACCGAGAUCAAUCCUGCAGUAUGGAUCGCGCUUGCAAUGGUUGUUUGUGUCUUCUUGAACGUUGUUGCUGUCAAGUGGUACGGCGAGAGCGAGUUCAUCAUGGCAUCGCUCAAAGUCUUGCUCCUUUUCGGACUGGUCAUGGUUACUCUUGUGACUAUGUGUGGUGGAAACCCUCAGAAAGAUGCGUACGGAUUCAGGAACUGGGGUGGCGGUAAUUACAUGAUCCCAUACUAUGCCGAAGGGGACACGGGCAGAUUCCUCGGUUGGUGGUCUGUCGUUAUUUACGCAGGAUUCACGAUCGCAGGCCCUGAUAUGCUGGCUAUCUCUGCUGGAGAGAUUCAGAACCCGCGACACACAAUCCCACGUCUGGCGAAGCUCAUUUUCUAUCGUCUUAUUGGAUUCUACGUUAUUGGUGUCCUUGCUGUUGGAAUUAUCUGCUCUCCAAAGGACGAUCGCCUCAUGGGGGCGAUUGAGGGUUCUGGGUCCGGCGCGGCAGCAUCGCCCUGGGUUAUUGGAAUUCAGAACCUCGGGAUCACUGGGCUUCCAAGCCUAAUCAACUUCCUGAUUCUGACCUCUGGAUUGUCAUGUGGAAAUGCCUACCUCUAUUCGGCCUCUCGAACCUUGUAUGGUCUUGCGCGAGAUGGCCAAGCUCCCAGAUUCUUGCUCAUAUGCACUAAAGCAGGUGUUCCCAUUUACUGUGUCGCCGCUGUGUCACUGAUCACCUGCAUCACGUUCCUGGUGUCGUCCAACUCGACCGUCACAGUCUUCUACUGGUUCGUCGACCUCACGACAACAGCCCUCAUUGCGACAUACACGGGCAUGCUUUGGACUUUCAUCGGCUGGUAUAGAGCGAGGAUGGCACAGCCAGAUGCGGUGCCUUUGUCGACAUUGCCCUAUGUCGCACCUCUGACGCCAGGAGCCGCAUACUUCGCCUGUGGACUUGGCUGUGUCACACUCUUCUUCAUCGGCUUUGACGUAUUCGCACCCUUCGACUACCAGACUUUUAUCACAGACUACUUCGCGGUUGCGUUCGGGCCGUUCAUGUUUGUGCUCUGGAAAGUCAUCAAGCGGACGAAAUUCGUGUCCGCGGCUGAAGCGGACUUGCUUAGCGGGAAGGCGGAGUGUGAUGAAGAAUGCAGAAUCUGGGAAGACGGUGGGGUCGAGGAGGUUGAGAGGCAACGUUUGCAGAAUAUGAACGCUUUCAGAAGGGCCUGGGAGAAGAUGUGGUAA